CCAAAAUGGCGGAAAAAGGCAUUCCGGAUUCGCAGAAGUUUGCUGUUUCUUAAACAACCAAUAAAUCUGAAUUGCCAUGAAGCUAUCACCACGAGUUUUGCCUGGUGCGCUCAACGCUCAAAACAGAGGGGCUUGUGAUUGGGGACGGCAGUCAAUCAUUGCCUAUGGAUGUCAAAAUUUUGUGGUUGUCUUUGAUCCCAAAUCAGUUCAGAUUAUUCAAGUACUUACUCAGCAUACUGCCCCUUGUACAAAGGUAAAGUGGGCACGCGAUAAUUACCACCAUGACUUCAACUCGCCAUAUAUCCUGCGUCUUGCCUCUGGUGAUACAGCUGGCAAUGUCAUUGUCUGGGACAUCUCCCAAGGCACUGCUGUGACAGAGUUUUCAGAUGGAAACAGGCCAGUCUUGGACCUAGAAUGGCUUGCAAUUCAAGAUGCCUGUCACGAUCUCUUAGUAGUGCUUCAUGCACCGUCAUCAAUGAUUCUAUGGAAUGCCGACACUGGCACAAAGCUGUGGAAGAAGACUUUCCAAGAGCCAUUAUUGUGCUUUGCUUUUGAUCCUUUUAUGCCUUCAAAUGUGACUUUGAUGUGUCAGGACUGGAUUCUUUUCAUCAAUGAUUUUUCCAUCAACAAAGCACCAGAUAGCAAUGGCCGCAAGUUCUACCUGACAAGCACAGGUUCCACAUCACCCAACGGCAGUUUUGUUGGUUCAUCCAGCACUGGACAGGACAGUAAGAACAUGGCCAAACCAUCAACACCUAAGUCAGCACUUUCUAGGAUGAGACUGUGGGCAGGAGGAGAAUCCAAAACCAGAACUGGAGAGGAGAGUGUUGCCCUUAGCGACUGCCUCCAGCUUGCAUACCUUCCUUCAGCUCGUCACCAUCUUUUAGCAUUGUUUCCAAGAGAAGUAAUGAUCUUAGACAUGGAAAUAAACCAGGCAGUCUGCUCUUUCAGUCUGGAAAGAAACAGUCCCUCCUUUCUCCAAAUCAUCCCUUGCCAGCAACGUGAUGUUCUCAUGUGUUUGCAUGAAAAUGGCAGUGUGAUUAUGAGAGUGCGAAGACGUGUGGCAAACAACCCCUACUUUGUAACACCUGACGAGGAAGCUAAUGACACAAAUGCGUCAGUAGACAUUAUUUAUGAAAACAAAUGCCAGUCAGACCCCCUUCGACUCAGCAAGUCAAGCCGAUUGUUUGGUUUCAUGUGCUGUCCCACCAGUGAAAGAAAAGUUGCUUUGUUGAUCAGCGAUGGUAGAAUGAUCAUAUGGGAAUUAAAAGCUACAAGGCUUCAAAGCACAGAGUCAUCUCUCAUGUCAGAAGAAGCUUUGAAAGCUUCAUUACCUUGCGAUGCAGACCUAGACCACUUGCAGUGCAAUACAAAUCCCAGGUUGACUCUUGCUGACAUGGUUCCACCGCCUCUUACCUCUGGAAGUGUGAUUCCAAGUUCUGCACAUUUCAAGUUCAUCAUGGUUGUCUUGUCGAAUGCUGUGUCAUCACCACCAACUUGCUCCGUCAUGUGUCCACCCUUGACGACCAAAAACUGGGCCAGUUACAAACCACUUAUAGCUGUUGGAAACAACCAGGGUUGUGUUCAGAUUUUUAACCUUGGCACUGGCUUGCUUACCAGAGAAUACACCAUUCACACUGGAGCAGUCAAAGGAAUUGCCUGGAGCAACUUGGACAGUUUCUUUUCCUGGGCCCAACCAUCUGGGAGUUCAUCCAAGAAUGAGUUACAACUUGUUAGCAUAAGAACUGGUCAAACAACUCUAAUCGAGCUUGGCAAAGCAGCGGCAGAAUCUGCUGUUGAGGCUGUGAAGGUGUCCCAUCUCAGGCAAUACUUCCUUGUAAUAAUCAAGGACAGACCACUACAGCUCUGGGAUUUAAAGAACCUUACAAUGCUCAGAGAGAUGCCAUCAAACUUUUCAUCAGUCACAGCUCUGGAAUGGUCUCCAUCUCAUCACUCCAAACACCUGAAGAAAAAGCUGAGUCAGCAGCUGGAAACAAGUCCUUCUGGAAUUGCUGCUAAUGUUCUGGAUCCAAACAAGACAGACCACACACCGACACAGUCCUGGUUAAGAGAACACUUUGUAUGUGUGGAUCAAGACAGACUGUUGUAUCAUUUUCUUGUGGAAGGGACAGUGGUUAAGGAUGGCUCCAAAGUCCAGUGUGAUAGCACCCUUGGACUUGUCACAUACAUAGCCUGGAAAGGUGAUUUGUUGGUGUUGAGUGAUGUAGACGGCAACCUGAGCAUUUGGGAAUUAAAAGCCAGAAUAACAAGAAGUAUAGCAACACACAGAGGUCACAUCAAGAAAAUCAAGUUUGGUCCUGGCCGAGGAAAUAACAAGCUUGCUGUGCUCUUUAGUGAUGGGGUGGAUAUUUGGGAUUUACAAAUGUUUGAGAUUUACAGCAGCUACAAGCUGCCAAAGGAUUCUCCACCACUUGCUGACAUGGACUGGCUGGCUUCAGAUUUACCAAUUGCUACUCAUUCCAAUGGGGCCAUUUUUGUUAUGACUAUGGACCUGAAAAGCUCCUCCUCAGCUAUGGCUCAGAUGGACCUAGAUGGUCCUUUGUGGUGCCCUCACAUCAUGGAACCAAAAACAAGUCUCAUUCUGAAGUCCAUUCUGCAGCACCCACUGGGAAGGGACCAAUACUCUUUUACAGACAUUGCAGACUUGGAAUUAAAGAAAGAAGAAUCAGUGACUGUAAUUCAGGACCAACUUAAAAUGAUUCCACCGAAUAUUGGAGAACUGCUGCUGAAUUCAACGUUGGGAACUGCACAGAAAUGUUACCUUGCAGCACAUUUGUUUGGAGACGAAGCAGAAACAGUGUUUUGGCAAGUUGCUCUUCACUACCUCCGACGAGAAAAGGCCAGACUGUUGUGUUCAAAACAUAAGUCGGAUCAUCAACCCUUGUACAACCGAGCAAGGUCGUACUCUGCUGACCUAUUCAACCCUUCUGAAGCCACGGCCAAACUCAGACGGAGCUUCAGUUCCAGGAGCCUGGAUCUACUUUCAAUCGACGAUGACCUUGAACUGUGUGGCCAAGGGGAGAAUGGUGCGAGCGAAAACGAAAGCUGUUGCUGUUACCCAGUCUCCCUCGACACUUGUUAUGGCAUCAUCAGUGACACAGAUGCAUUCCAGAGAAGUCAGCUGGACCGUCUCGCUCUUCAUGACAGCAAGAGAUCCACAUAUGAUCACACAAGAAAAUGCGCUGAAACUCUGGUGCUUUUAGGACAGGCCGACAGAGCAGUGCAGUUGUUCCUUGAGACAGACGCUGUUAAUGAUAACUAUUAUGUGGACUCUCUCAGAGCUUGUUUAGUGGCAACCAUUCGCUCCUCGGGUGCUUCGCAAAGCACAAUAAAACUUGUAGCGACAAAUCUCAUCGCGAGCGGAAAACUAGCAGAGGGAGUUCAGCUGCUGUGCUUGAUUGACAAGGGACUGGAUGCCUGCCGUUAUCUUCAGACUUACGGUGAAUGGGAUCGAGCAGCCUGGCUCGCAAAGGCCACUCUCAACUAUCCUGACUGUGCCGAGGUGAUGAGAAGAUGGAUUGAACAUCUGUCCAGUACUCACACGAGUCAACAGAGCAAGGCUGUGUUGGUGUUGUUGUCUUUAGGAAAGUUCUACAAGGCGCUAGAUAUGCUCUACAGCAUGCGUUAUUUUGACCGUGCAGGGUUGUUCGCAGAAGCUUGUCAGGAGUAUGGCUUCCUUUCUCCAAGCGACGAAAAGAACACUGCUCUUGUGCACGCAGUUUACACAGAGUAUGCUCGCUAUCUUCACGGUCUUGGACUUGAAAAGUCUGCUUAUUUCUUUGCUAAUAAAGCUGGACCUAAAGCAAGACAACUACUGGAUGGAAUGUAGAUAACAUAAAAUGACUACAGAAAUACUGUUAUAUAACAAAAAAUAAGAUUCCUGAAUGAAAUGAACUGAGACUGCGAUUAAAAAGGAGAUUUUAACAGUAUGGAAGGAAACAAGAUUUAGAGAAACUAUAAUAACUCAAAAUUAAUAAACAAAGGGCAAGAAAAAAGUGCGUGCCAGGUGGGGUGAAUAUUUUUAUUAGAAUUACAAAAGUUUUCCACCGUCAUUAUAUCUGGUUUUCGCUACUGAGGACCAACUUCCAAGUAUUCAAAUUAUGUCUACAACUAUUAUUAAACCAAAACGUUACAGAUCUGUUGAAAUUCUAAAACAAUUUCGUUGAUAUAUAUAAAUGACAGAUAAAUUAUUGGCGUUGUGCUGUAAGGGAGUGUUUUUAUUACAUUUACCUGAGAUCACACACAAAAGAGGACAAAAUAUCCCACUUUGAACUACCAAAGAGUGUUUGUAACUGCUGAAGAGGACAAUGAAGCCCCGUUACCCUGAAACCGCAUCAAAUGUUUUCAGUCCACACUACGUCGGAGGAACUUAAAAACGCAACAAUGGCCCGUCAUUUUUGAUUUGGGUUUGAGGAAAACUCUGUCAUGAAAAUCAAAUGGUUAUCGUGACGCCAUCGUUUUCAUAGAGCUCCGUUUUUAACAAGUGUUCCGUCCACACGAAGACGAAAAGCCGGUGUUUUCAAAUUCCUCCGGUUUUAAGAUCGUUUGCGAAAAGCUCCGUUUUCGUGACGCAUAGACCUGACGGUAGAAAUAAAGCUGCGU